AUGGAGAACACUUCUACAAAUUACACCGGGUGUCAGCCGCAAACAAUUAAUCCUUUCAUCCCGAUCUUCCUGAGAUUCAUCUUCUUCAUUGGGUUUGUGAUGAACUGUAUCAGUUUGUGGAUAUUCUGGUUUCGAGUAAAACAAUGGAACUCCACAGUGAUUCUCCAGUUCAACUUGGCCAUCUCCGAUGCCAUCAUCACCCCGGCUGCUCCUCUGAUCAUCAUCUACUCUUUGACCGACAACUGGACCUUCGGAACCUUCUUCUGCCAGUUUAAGGUCUUCCUCCUCAGCACCCACAUGUAUGGAAGUAUAUAUUUUCUUACGCUGAUCAGUGUUCACAGAUACUUUUCAGUUGCCCAAAAUGUUAAAAGGAAGGCCUUGACCACAAAGCCAUUUAUCACAAAACUUUCCAUCGUUGUCUGGGGUUGUCUCCUUGCACAAGGAAUUCCAUUUUUCUUUGUCCUCAAAACUUCAGAAGUUCACGGAGUCACGAAAUGUCUCAGUUUCCAUCAAACAGAUCAAGCGGUUUUAUUUUUUGUUUGGAACUGGAUCAUCCUCUUCUCAGGUCUCCUAAUUCCUUUCACCAUAACCUUGGUCUGCUACAGUCUCCUGAGUCGAUUCAUACUCAACGUGAAUCCAGUGAACACUCUCACGAAUGUCAUGGUCUCCAAAUCCGUGCAGAUGAUAUUUGUCUCCCUUAUCAUCUUUAUAAUCUGUUAUAUUCCAGUCCAUAUCACCAGAACCACGGGGGUUACCAUCACCUUGUUUUUCCCAUCUAUGUGUUCUUUAUUAAAAAAUGUUGAAGUAGCCUAUUACAUCACCUGGAUGCUAUCGGGUACCAAUUGUUGUUUGGAUCCCAUCCUGUACUGUUUUGCCUCAGAAAGGUUUAAGCACACGUUCACGAGCUGGUGUAGUUGUCUUAAACGUGGAAAAGCUAAUAAAAACACAUUAGACAAUAUGCCAAGUAACCAAGUAGAGUCAACUUCAGAACAACAUCGUCCUCUCCAUAUUGUGAGCACCGCCGACACAGGUUUCUCACUGUCAACUGGGGGUGAAAAAUGA